AUGCUAGAAGACAAAGAAAGAGCAGCAUCAACAGCAUCCGUUAGCACAAUUACGAAGAUGAAAUUUCCAUAUGAGAGUGAAGGUUUUUUUGGACCUGUAAAUGGACUGGUCGGUAUUCACUCAAAAAAAUACUCCAGUAUUUGUAUAUGCAAUGUCAGUACCCAAAAGGUAUCACCUUGGAUUAAAUCAACGUUGUAUGCCAAAGACUUAAAAAGAAUAGAUAAAGGAACACCUUACUGCUAUGAAAUGGGAUUUGAUCCUGCCACAAAGAAGCACAAAGUGAUAUGUAUAGGGCACAUAUAUGAUUCCCCUGAUGAUGUUUUCUGUGAAGUCUUAACCGUAGGAGACAAGAAAUGGAGAAGAAUUGAGAGUCCACCAUUCAAGCUUGAACUUGAAUAUCACCAACGUAAACGCACAGUUUAUCUGAAUGGUUAUAUAUAUUAUAGCACCUCAACAUUUAUGAAAGCCAACGAGCUUGGUAAUGACAAGAUAGUGGCAUUUGAUGCUGGGGCUGAGAAGUUCAGAGUGAUCACAGUCCCUAAUUUCAUCCUUAAUCAACCAAGGCAUGUUUAUCAAGACGGCACAAGUUCCAACAAUUUAAUAGAAGUGGAUGGCCGCUUAGCUCUAUUAAGUAGAUUGAGUGAUUACAUUGCCAAGCUGUGGAUAUUUGAUGAUGUUCAGAGUAACAACAACGCAGUAAAAAACACAAGCAGUAACCAAGAUUGGACAGAAGUUAAUUUUGAUUUACCUUACUUAUGGAGUGCGGAUCUGGAUCUUCAUUUUUAUUGUGUUUCAGGGACAGACCAGCUGAUCAUAGAAUCCCUUGAAAACAAUCUCGUAUUCAGGCGUCUCUUAUACAAUCGGAGAACCAAGUCUUGCAAGAAGAUUAAUACCAGCGGGAUUAAUUACAGCGGGUCCGGGUGGUUUUUCUGGGACUCAUAUUACAGGGUUUCAACUUUCGUCGAGAGCCUUUUGCAUGUUCAGUAG